AUGAAGGAGAUGGGCGAUAGUACGCACGGUGUCGACUCCGACAUCGAAUCGAACACGGCAUUCAAGCCUACCUCCACAUUGGUAGCGCGAUCUCCGCCGCAUAAAUGCACAUCAAAUCCUGAUUUGUCAUCGGAAUUUCGUAAACGUAAAUACGACAAAAUGACAAACAUAUCAGAAGAGGUCAAGGAAACGAUCGAGCUUAAGUUUUCAAGCUUGCAGGAUAACAUUACUGCCACCAUAAACACAGCCCUGGCCGCCGGCUUGGCAACUGAGCUCGCUAAAAUCUCCAACACAUUGAGCCAAAUUCAACUCGACAUUCAAAAGGUUAAUCAAGACAACACCACCAUCAACCAAACAUUAGAUGAAGUCAAGAAUCGCCUGACACACGCAGAGAAUUCACUUCAAUAUUCCGGCUCGCGUCAGGACUCUUAUGAGGAAAGACUGCGUUCUGUUGAAUCCAGCAUGUCGUCAUCACAAGGUCAAGCUGACCGUAUCCAGACUCUUGAACGCAACAUAGAUAAAUUGGAACAACAAUCGCGAACGAAUAAUAUUGAAAUAUGCGACAUGCCUGAGAAGCGAGGCGAAAACCUGAUGACAUAG